CCGCAGACCUGGGACAUCCUCUCCAAAGAGGAGCGCGCUGAGAUCAUUGCCAUCUUUCCUACUGGCACGCGCAUCCUUGAUCUGUACACCGAAAACGCCCGCCCUGGUCUCCACUCUCUUCGCAACGACAACAACUUCCGCCAUGACAGCGCCAUGUACACUGACAGCAUCGCCAUGGGCAAGCACGACCCGGAAUGGCUUGAGCAGGCAUUUGUAGCGCGUGAGAUGCUGCGCGCUGGGGACUUCGACAGCUACCUG